AUGUCUAUAUACGGUCAAAAGAAGAUUGAUAAUGCUUUUAUAAAACUUAUUACCAAGGACUUGCAACCCUUUAGUGUAGUAGAUGAUAUAGGUUUUAAAGAAUUUGUGAAUUUAUUGAACCCUAGCUAUAAAAUUCCUAACCGACAUGCCAUUUCAAAAACACUAAUUCCAGCGGCAUAUGAAAAAUGUUUUAAUGAAGUCAAAGAGAUUGUAUCCAAUGACCUAGAAAUGGCUUGCAUGACAACUGAUUGUUGGACUUCGCGGAACACAGAGAGUUAA